UACUGAACCUGGAGAAACAACAGGCUAAAAAAGGAGAGAGAGAGAGCAGAUGUGUUAAUUUGGAGUGAAGUAUCCGAGUGGUUAAAAUGGCAGGUACAGUUCCAGAAUUCCCAGAAUCUUUUACGCUGAGUCCUGACAGUGUCUUCUCUGACCAGUUUGGAUUCUUCUCUUUGGACUCAAACGUUCCUGGCCUCUCCAAAGUCAUCCUGGACAACCUGAACAUGAAGGACUACUCAGAGUACAGAGCGGCUCUGGAGGGCAGGGGGAAGGUCGGCUUCCGUUCUCAUAAGGAGAUGUUUCAGAGAAUGGAGGAGACGUUUAAAUUCUGUGCCUGCUGCUCUAAACUCCCCACUAAUCUACCUGAUCCUUCAGUGCUCAGACGCUGUGUCAAGUGUCUCAAUGUGUAUUACUGCAGUAAAGAGUGUCAGAAGAAGGACUGGAGUCUUCAUAAGAAGUUCUGUAAGAAGCUGCGGAUGGUUGCCAUAGACAGGCUGGUAGACUGGCUGGUACAUACAGGAGACCUGCCCUUCCCUACAGAAACAUGGUCUCGUCCUGCUAAAUUGGUUCAGUGCUGGGAUGAUUGGCUCUCCAUGCAGGGUGACCUCACAGCCCGGAUGGAGUCAAUCCUGUCUGGGAAGAGCAUGACAGACCUCUGGAACAACGCUUGCCAUCCACGCCCAGAGGAGGCAGAGCUUCGUGAAUCUGUGUGGCGUGUGUGUAGUGAGUUCCUCUCACGUCCACUGACGAUAGGUCUUGGGAUUCGCAUGUUUCGUCUGGACCCGUAUUCCCGACCUCUCACCAUCCACCUGGUGGGGGCUGGACAUAAUGAGACCCUAGGUGCGAGGACAACGGAUCUGGAUGAGCUGAGUCAUAUGUUCCCUGGACAUCAGGGCCUGGAGGUGGUCAUGGUGGGGCCAGAGGUAGUGAAAGGACUAAUUAUGAGGCCUCCAUUAAGGGCAUUUGGUCCACGAGGAAGGGUCUACAUCAGUGCCUACAAGGGUCUGUACCAUGAGUUCUGGGAGGAGCUUGUGGAGAAAAAACAGGCAGCCAGACCAGACCUUGUGGUGGGGUUUCAUCCAGGGUUUCAUGCAUCUCAGGGUUUGGGAGAAGGCUGGCUACCCACACUGCUGCUGCUCCGAGAUUACAACAUUCCCUCAAUGUUCACCAUGUACAAUGAUGGAGAGUUGCAGUACUCUCUGCAGAUCUUGGUAGAGUUGGAGAUGGACAUUAAAGGCACUGGACCAAACCCUUUCAGUUCCCAGAAGCCUGAGCAGGUGCAGUCGAGUCCCAACAAAGAGCCGAGCUACUGCAAUGCCUUCUACCUGAACUUCCAGAGCCUGCUGGAGGACAAGCCAAAUGAAGAGGACUAGAACUUUCACAAACCCCUUUAACUUUGUAUCUUAACUGGAGCACAGAUUAAUCUUUGAUAUCCAAACAAAAACUUCUCAAGAACCAUCUCCAAAAUGAAAUUCUGAGAAACCUUUAAUCGCCACAUAAUUUUUUUUUUUUGGAAACUUUAAUCUCCACAAAAAAAUUCUGAGGCUGUUGAAAUAUUCAUAAACAAGAAAAAAAAACCUUCUUUGUCCUGGAAACCUGGAAAACCUUCUUUGUCCACUGACAAGGUUGUGAAAGUAUUUAAUCUUCACAAGCAUGCUCAGGAAAAUCUUUGAUCUCCAUGGCCAUUUUCGAACCUUUCAGCACUAAGGACAUACCCCAAGGGACCAUCUUCAAAAUAUAGCUCUGCAGAACCUUUAAUUUUCACAAAUCUUUUCCAAGGAACAUGUAAUCUCUAUAUAGAUAAGUAGAAUCUAUGGAAAGCUUAUCUCCUCUGGAACCUCUAAUCUCCUGAAGAAUUGUAAACAUUCACAAAAGUUUUAUGGAAUAUUUCAUUUCCAGAAAUAUUCUGUCAGGAACCUUUAGUUUCACCCCCCCAAAAAAAAAAAAAACAACUGUCUUUUACAAACAAAAUCUGAGGCUGUUUCAGUGUCAGAAACAAGAUCUGGAGAACCUUGUUUCAACCUGAACAAGGCCCAGAGAACCAUUAUUUUUUACAAACAAGUUUCUCUGAACCUUCAUUCUCCAGAAACACAUCAAGAAGGAUAUCAGCAAAUAAGUUUCCAUGAAGAUUAACUCUCCAGGAAGAAGUUCUGAAAAGCUUCACUUUCUGCAAAUGCGAUAUCAAGAAGGAACGUACAAACUCCACACAUGAAUUAGGUCACACUUUUUAAGGAGGUUUAAUGUCAGGAACUGAGAUUUACUGAACUUUUAAUCUUCAAAGACACACUGAGGAACCUGCUGAGCUUGAAGGAAACUGCAGAUCCAGCGUUUCAUCUGAAUGUUUCUCUGAAGUGAUGUUGAACAUGUAGACAUUGAUGGAAUACACAGUGAUGGAGUUGAUUAUGGAAUUUCUUCUAGAUAAACGAUCAUUGGAAAAUUAACUGUUUAAAAUAAUCUGUUUUCUCUUUGCUGAAAUCUGCACUUUCAUUUUGAAAGCGUGCAUUCAGGUGUUGGGGAUCUUCAAGUGCAUGAGUCUGCUCCUUCAGCUUCAGUAUGAAUCUGCGCUGCCCUCUAGUGGACACACCGAGUAGCUGCACAUUAAUAUUAUAAAUCCUGUUUCUAUGUUAAAGAAACUUGGCUGAUGUCCAUCUGUCAGUCUCAUUCUUCUCUCAACUUUUUUUUUUCAUCCUUCCAUCACUCUUUCAGGUUCACUAUAUAGAUUAAAGCCUUUUACAUAACAACAGCACUGUUUGAUUUUGGAUUGUGAUUGGUCAGAAGGUGUUUAUUAGUGUUCUGUAACAGCAGAUCUGACAGUAUUGCAACUGCAAAUAAAUGGAUUAGAAAUGCGUGUAAUUGUAGAUCUGGUGAAGAUUUGUCAGGAGAACUGUAUUUAUAUUAAUGUAAAUAUUAAUGGAAAGAGUCUCCAGUGUCAGUACUCUGUAACAGUCAGAGGAAACGUUGUAAUGGAGAUUUCAAGAACAGGAACUAACUUUAUUUUAGUGACAUUAACUGUAACUAUAAAAAUAAAAGCAGGCAAUGUGUCAUUUUAUAUUUAGAUUUUUUUUUCAUUGUAAUCAUUGACAAACUGCUGUGGAAUAAGAGGAAUUAAACAGAGAAUAAUUAAUCUUAGGGAGGUAACAGUAAGUCUGCUUCUUCACUGUUGAUUGUUUUCUCUUCACACCACCCCCAGUGAUUUAUUCCUUGCAUGU